CAAUGCAACUCUUCCUUGUUACAAUGGAAUAGAGUCUUGAACUGGCGGGUCCAAAAUCAAACCAGCCAGGUCCCGUUUGCCACCAACGUUUUCCCAAAUACAUCACUCCUCCUUACCCGCCUACUGGGUGGCGCUCUCCUUCUCACUCCUCCUUUCCUAUGCAGAGCGCAGAUCCACCUCACCAUUCAGCUCCCUCUCUCCAUUCGUUUGAUCCAAAACCGGUAACGACAAUUCUUCAUAAUCCACACUGCUUAUCAGAAUUUCAGAUCUGCUCACAUUCUUGAAUUAGAUCACAUACAAAAAAAAUGGAUUUAAGGCCUUCCCCAUCAUCGGGAAGGUACGAAAGUAGUAGCAGUACCAAAAAACCAUAUUUAUCCAAAUCAGUAUCCGAUGCCAAUAGCCACAACCAAAGUUUAGCAUCCAUUCUUAACAAUCCACACGCCGGUAAAUCAGAUGGAUGGUGGUGGCCCACUUCCUCAUCCCUUCCCGUCGUUCCUGAAUUCGCACCACUAAACCCACUUCCUAAACCCGGAUCUGAUUUAACCCGAACCGAUUUCACCCCUUACAUUGCCUCCUUUUCCGACCCUUUUACCCGUUUUCACGAUAUCCAAACCCACACUAAAUCCACCCUCCUCCUGGACGAUCAAAAUGGCGAAAAUGCUCUCGUAGCGUGCCUUCGCGAAGUGCCCUCUUUGUACUUCAAGGAAGAUUUCCAGUUAGAGGAUGGCGCCACGUUUAAAUCCGUGACGGCCGAGAAUUUGGUUGUGCAAGAGAAGUUGUCGCAGUAUUUGGAUGUAGUGGAAUUGCACUUGGUCAGGGAGAUUUCGUUGCGUUCGAGCUCAUUUUUUGAGGCGCAGGGGCAACUGGAGGAUCUGAAUUCAAAGAUCGUUGAAGGGUGUAAGAGAAUCAGGGAAUUGAAAGAGACAAUAAGGCUGCUGGAUACUAAUUUGGUGGGGCCUGCUAGAAAGUUGCAGGAGUUGAAUUUAAAGAGGAGUGAUUUGGUUGCUCUUCAGAACAAGCUCAACCUCAUUAUAUACGUUAAUCAAGCUUUAUCAACUCUCAAUUUGCUUGUUGCAUCUGCAGAUUGUGCUGGAGCUUUAGAUGUCACAGAUGAUUUGCAACAUUUAUUGGAUGGAGAUGAACUGGCUGGUCUACAUUGCUUUCGACACCUUCGUGAUGAAUUGGCCACUUCAAUUGAUUCUAUCAACAGCAUUCUUUCAGCAGAAUUUAUGCGUAUAACUAUACAAGAAGCUGGCAACAUGGAUGCGGCAAUUACAUCAAAAUUUAAAGCGCGGGCAACCAUUGCCAUUAAUGGAGAAGGCCAUGAAGCUAAAUUGGAUGAAGAAGAAACCUCAAAUUUCCGAGACCGGCUUCUUCCAUUUGUUAUUGGAUUACUAAGAACUGCAAAGCUCCCUGCUGUGUUGAGAAUAUACCGUGACACUCUUACAGCUGAUAUGAAAACUGCCAUUAAGACAUCAGUUGAAGAGCUGCUUCGUGUUCUGUGUGCCCAACCUUUGGAUUCAGAUUUUGUUGCAGGCGAGCGAGUGGUUGAUACAGAUGGUGGAAGCUCGUCUCUUGCCAGUAGAUUAAGAAGCCUGCCACCAGAAAGUUUUGUUCAACUUUUGAAGGCUAUUUUCAUGAUAGUGCAGGCCCACUUAGCCCAGGCUUCUGAAGUUAAGAAAACAAUUGAGUGGAUUAUCUGCCAUCUUGAUGAUCAUUAUGCUGCUGACUCAGUUGCUGCUGCAAUUGCACUUGGGGCAGCAGCUGCAGAAACUGCUAGUGAAGCUGAUGGUCAGAUCACCACCUUUUCACAGUUUUCUCCCUCAAGCAACUUUUCCAGGGGUUUUUCAAUCCACGAGAAGGGCAAUGAUGUGACAACUAUGUCACAUUUAUCGAGAAAUUUCAGAGCUGAUAUACUGAGAGAGAAUACAGAAGCUGUAUUUGCAGCUUGUGACGCUGCUCAUGGAAGAUGGGCCAAGAUCCUUGGAGUACGUGCUCCUAUCCACCCUAAGUUGAGGUUGCAGGAGUUCCUAAACAUAUAUAACAUCACUCAGGAAUUUAUUACUGCCACUGAGAAGAUUGGUGGAAGGUUGGGGUAUAGUAUCCGUGGAACCAUACAAUCACAGGCCAAGGCAUUUGUUGAUUUUCAACAUGAUUCUCGAAUGGCAAAGUUGAAGGCUAUACUUGACCAGGAAAACUGGGCUGAGAUUGAUGUCCCCGAUGAGUUUCAGACCAUCGUCACAUCACUGUUCUGUCCCAAGUCUGGGACCACUGGACAUGGUGAUGACGAUUCUGCUGUCACUGCAACAAGCCAGACUGAAGUGGUCCAAAGCAGCAGUGAUCCUUCCAUGGUGGAUGCUGGAGUUCCAAAUAUGUCUCAUAAUACGGAGCAGAGUGAUUCUACUUCAACACACCUAGAUAGUACAGCACAGAGUAAUGACACGAACUCAAGAGACCGCGGAAGAUCUAAUCCUAGAAUGCUUUCCUUUGGGGGUGUUUCAUAUCACAUGGUAAACUGUGGCUUGAUUUUGGUGAAGAUGUUGUCAGAAUAUAUUGACAUGAAUAAUAGUUUAACCGGCCUAUCAUCAGAAGUCAUUCACCGUGUUGUUGAUAUCUUGAAGUUUUUCAAUACGAGAACUUGUCAACUUGUCCUUGGAGCUGGAGCCAUGCAGGUUUCAGGUUUGAAGUCUAUUACUUCUAAGCACUUGGCUUUGACAAGCCAAGUCAUCAGUUUCACAUACACUAUAAUUCCUGAAAUCAAGAGGAUACUGUUUCUGAAAGUGCCUGAGACACACAAGGGAUUGCUAAUGCUGGAGGUUGAUCGAGUAGCACAG